AUGGCAAAUAACAGGAAGACCGUCCUCAUCACAGGGACCAGCAGUGGAAUCGGACACGCUCUGGCCCGCGAAUUCCACUCCAAAGGACUCCGCGUCUUCGCUACCGCUCGCAAAACAGAUUCCAUCCGCGACCUGGCCGAGCAGGGUAUCGAAACACUUGCAUUGGAAGUCACAGAUGGAGCCAGCAUCCAGACACUCAAAGAAGAAAUCGCCUCGCGUACUGGUGGUACACUGGACCUGCUGGUGAACAAUGCCGGAAGAAAUUACACCGUCCCAGCACUCGACGUCGAAAUCGACGAAAUCCGACAGACUUUCGAGGCGAAUCUCUUCGGCGUCAUGAGAAUGUGUCAGUCUUUUGCUCCGCUUCUCAUCGAAGCGAAAGGUACCAUCGUUCAGAUCGGCUCGCUGGCUGGGAUUAUGCCGUAUGUCUUUGGUGCGGUCUAUAACGCUUCCAAAGGCGCGCUGCACAGCUACAGCGAUACGCUGCGGGUGGAACUGGCGCCUUUCGACGUGCGUGUGGUUACCGUGGUCACCGGGGGGGUGAAGAGUAGUAUCGCGAGGACGCAUCGGGAUCUCAAGGCUGAUUCAAUUUAUUUGCCGCUCAAGGAGGAGUAUGAGGAGCGAUUGGUGCAUAGCCAGGCUAUGGCUGUACCCAACGAGGACUAUGCGAGGAGAGUAGUGAAGCAGGUUCUCGCGAAGCGGCCAAAGGAUAGAAUCUGGGAGGGUGGAAAGGCGUGGUUGGUGUGGUUUGUUAGCACAUUUUUGCCCAGGAGUGUCAUGGACAUAGCGAUGGCGAGGAUGUUCAAAUUGUGGAAGUUGAGACAAGCGCAGCAGAAGAAGAUCGCAUGA